AGCACGUGCGGACCAAGUGUUCUGCGUCUUUUUCCGACUCGGGAGCUGGCAAAAUGGUAUUUCUCAGCGCUGUUAGCUUGGGUGUUAAGGUAAAAAGCGGCGCAAGUAAGUUCUGGAAAAGACAGCGCAUCUUCCAGCUUUCUGCGAACUUCUAUGGCAGGCGGCGCAACUGCUACCGCCUGGCGAUACGCAGUGUCCAGAAGGCCCUGCUUCACUCGCAGGCAGGGCGGCAAGCCAAGCGGGAUGGGCUCCAGCAGGUGUGGAUGGCUCGCACAGAAGCAGCAUCCCUGGAACAUGGCAUCUCUUAUGAGCCAUUUUACAUCAACCUGGCCAAGUGCCACCUGGCCUUGGAUCGUCGUGUGUUGGCUGAGCUCGCCUACACGGAGCCCCGCACAUUCAAGGGCCUGGCUACCCUUGCACGCUUCAAGCGCUGUUCUGAUGCUGUGGAUGAGACGUCAGCGCAGCAGGAGCCCCCGGAAGGUGUCAUCUCACGUGGCAUGCUCUGAGAAACCCUGCGAGCUGUUUGUUAUUAUCGCUUUACGUUGCCCUCCGGUCAGUGUGCACUGCAGAGUUGUUUACACUUCGAUGAAGCAAUUAAAAUAGAGCCAUGAGGCUGUGCUGUUAUUGUA